AUGUCGUUGACGGACUCAGCAGCCGUGGAUGUCGCGCGUAGCGCCUCAAUCGCCUCUCGCCAGCUGGCUACACUAUCAAACACCUCUCGCAAUGACGCCUUGACUGCGCUUCACCAAGCUUUGGACCAAAAUCGUGACACCAUCUUGGCGGCCAAUGCCCGUGACGUUGAGGCCGCCACAAAGGCUGCCGAUAGUGGUGAUUUGAACCACAGUGUGCUCAAGAGACUUGAUCUCUCACGGCCUGGUAAAUACGACGACAUGUUGCAGGGAAUUUUGGAUGUUCGGGACCUGGAAGACCCUAUUGGCAAAGUGACUCUUCGAACUUUGUUGGACGAGGGCUUGACUCUGGAACGAGUCAGCUGCCCAAUCGGGGUCUUGUUGAUCAUAUUCGAAGCUCGUCCCGAGGUCAUUGCCAACAUCGCGGCGCUAGCCAUCAAGUCCGGCAAUGCCGCCAUUCUUAAGGGUGGCAAAGAAUCCAUUGAAUCCUUUACAGCCAUUGCGAAGGUGGUCUCCGAGGCCAUCGCUGGCUCCAAAGUUCCCGUCUCAUCCGUCCAACUGGUCAAGACCCGGGAUGCCGUCUCCGCUUUACUUGCCCAGGAUGCCUACAUUGACCUCGUCAUCCCCCGAGGAUCGAAUGAAUUGGUCCGGUUCGUGAAGGAAAACACCAAGAUCCCCGUUUUGGGCCAUGCCGACGGCCUUUGCUCGGCUUAUAUCCAUGCAGAUGCCAACAUCGACACUGCUGUCAAGGUCAUCGUGGACUCUAAGACCGACUACCCUGCCGCUUGCAAUGCGCUCGAGACUCUCCUUGUCCACGAGGACGUUCUCGAAUCUGUCUUCCCAGAAGUUGCAAAGGCUCUUAUCAAAAAGGGCGUUUCUCUUCGCUGUGACUCAGCCUCCCAAGCUGCCCUUGCCAAGUCGCUGGCUACUGAUCAGUUAUCGCAAGUGCGAUCGGCCAGCGAGGCAGACUACAGUACUGAAUUCUUGGAUCUUAUCUUGGCUGUGAAGAGUAUCGCUAAAACGGACUCGGUCGAGUCGGCCGUUGAAGCUGCUAUCGCGCAUAUCAACACUCACCAUUCCAAACACACUGAUAUCAUUAUCACCGAGUCUCGCAAUCUUGCGAACCUCUUCAUGAACAGUAUCGACAGUGCCGGAGUCUUUUGGAAUGCGUCCUCGCGGUUUGCAGAUGGUAUGCGAUUCGGGUUUGGCACGGAAGUCGGCAUCAGCACAAACAAGAUUCAUUCCCGCGGACCGGUUGGGCUGGAGGGAUUGACAAUCUAUAAAUACCUGAUUCAAGGCAACGGCCAUGGUGCGGGGGAUUAUCACGAUGGCACGGGGGGACGCAAGUACCUUCACAAGAGGCUGCCAAUCAAUGAAUGA